ACAUUAUUAAAAUGUCAAAAGUUGCUCCAAAGGGUAAGAAGCAGCAGCGAAGGGCUUCGAAUAAAGCCCAGAAUUUUGUAAAAGGUGCUGCUCAAGAUAAACCAGCAAAGCUGCGGCGCUUUAUGGACGCAAGAUCUUCCAUUAGACAGGGGGUUCUAGCUCAGAGAAGGUCAAAUUUCCAGGGGAACCAAUUUCCCAUUGUUGCUGAGGCUGCACGAAAGGUAGCAGUUGCUCCUCUUCGCAAUAGAGCUUUUAAUCGUAACCGGGUACCUAACUGGAAACCAAGGGUUGGUGGUCCAAUUCUUCAGAGAAGGGCUGGAAAUGUCUACAGUACUAAGCUGCCACUUCCUCAACAGCAGCAGCAGCAGCUUCGGCAGCAAGAGAAUGCACUUCCUAAGCAGAGGCCUCAAACACUCGAUUUGCUCUUUGCAAACAUGAAGGAGCAAAGGAUGAGGGCCCAACCACGCCAGAACAAUGCCGUACCUCGCAACAUUAGGGGUGUCCAGCAGAGGCCCCCUUGGGGAAGAGGCGGACGAUUUGGCAACUGAUUCAUACGCAUAAUGUGCCAGCUAGAAAGGGGAUUGAAUGUCUACUUUGUCUAGAUCCCAAUGUGUAGCUGAUGGGGGUUCAUAUCCAAAAUAUAUUGGGGCCGUCCGACUUUUGUUGCCUUUAUUUUUCCAUUUUUAUGACUUUGGAAGACUUUGUUUUCGUUCAUGUUUCAUUCACUGACAAUGUGUGUAUAUAUGGUAGCAGUCUCUUCUGUUGUGGACAACUGUGUAAUUCAUGCUUUCAAAUACCAUUUUUUCUUGGUAUAAUCCAUGUUUUUAUGAUUUUCUGAUGUC